GAGUUAGCUCCUUCCCUUUCUCUACUUUGCUCCUACUCUCUCUCAGUCAACAUGAGUCGCCACUUUAGUUCCAGGUCUGGGUACCGGAGUGGAGGAGGCUUCAGCUCUGGGUCUGCCGGGGUGGUCAGCUUACAGCGCAGGACCACCAGCGGCUCCAUGCGCCGCAGUGGAGGAGGUGGUGGGAGAUUUUCAGGUGGAGGAUGUGGUGGUGGGAGUGCUGGUGGCGGCUUUGGAAGUCGGAGUCUUGUGAAUCUUGGUGGCAGUAAAAGUAUCUCCAUCAGUGUGGCUGGAGGAGGUAGACGUAGUGGUUUUGGUGGUGGUUAUGGUGGCAGUGGCUUUGGAGGUGGCGGUUUUGGUGGUAGUGGCUUUGGGGGUGGUUUUGGCAGUGGUGGUUUCGGUGGUGGCUUUGGCAGUGGAGGUGGUUUUGGUGGUGGUGGCUUUGGCAGUGGAGGUGGUUUUGGUGGCGGUGGCUUUGGGGGUAGUUUUGGACCUGUCUGCCCCCCUGGUGGCAUACAGGAAGUCACCAUCAACCAGAGCCUCCUGCAACCUCUCAAUGUGGAAAUUGACCCUGAGAUCCAAAAAGUAAAGUCUCAAGAAAGGGAGCAAAUCAAGUCACUCAACAACCAAUUUGCUUCCUUCAUUGACAAGGUGAGGUUCCUGGAGCAGCAGAACCAAGUGCUGCAAACAAAAUGGGAGCUGCUGCAGCAGGUAGAUACCUCCACUAGGACUCACAGCUUAGAGCCCUACUUUGAAUCAUAUAUCAACAAUCUUAGAAAGAGAGUGGACCAACUGAAGGGUGACCAAUCUCGGAUGGAUACGGAAUUGAAGAACAUGCAAGACCUGGUGGAAGAUUACCGGAACAAAUAUGAAGAAGAGAUCAACAAACGGACUAAUGCAGAGAAUGAAUUUGUGACCAUCAAAAAGGAUGUGGAUGGUGCUUAUAUGACCAAGGUGGACCUUCAGGCCAAAGUUGACAACUUGCAGCAAGAAAUAGAUUUCCUUACAAUGCUCUACCAACUGGAGCUGUCUCAGAUGCAGACUCAUAUCAGUGAAACCAAUGUCAUCCUCUCCAUGGACAAUAACCGCAACCUGGACCUGGACAGCAUCAUUGCCGAGGUCAAGGUCCAAUAUGAGGAGAUUGCUCAGAAGAGCAAGGCUGAGGCUGAGGCCCUGUACCAGACUAAGUAUGAAGAGCUCCAGGUCACUGCUGGCAAACAUGGGGACAGUUUGAAAGAUUCAAAGAUGGAGAUUUCAGAGCUGAACCGGAUAAUCCAGAGACUUAGAUCUGAAAUUGACAGUGUCAAGAAACAGAUAUCUGGGCUGCAGCAGUCCAUCAGUGAUGCUGAACAACGUGGUGACAAUGCCCUCAAAGAUGCCCAGGGCAAGCUGAAUGAGCUGGAGGAUGCCCUGCAGAAGGCCAAGGAGGACAUGGCCCGCCUGCUGCGUGACUACCAGGACCUGAUGACCACCAAGCUGGCCCUGGACGUGGAGAUUGCCACCUACAGGACCCUCCUGGAAGGAGAGGAGAGCAGGAUGUCUGGAGAGUGUGCCCCCAACGUGAGUUUGAAGGUAACUGAGUGUUCCCUUGCAGCUGUGAGCACCAGCCAUACCAGCGCCAGUGGAGGUGGUGGCCGAGGAGGCGGCGGUUACCGUUCCGGCGGCGGCGGCGGGGGUAGCUACGGCUCCGGAGGGGGCAGUUAUGGUUCCGGAGGUGGCGGCGGCAGCUACGGCUCUGGAGGAGGCAGCUACGGCUCCGGUGGUGGUGGCGGCGGCAGCUAUGGCUCCGGAGGUGGCGGCGGCGGCAGCGGCAGCUACGGCGCCGGAGGCAGCAGUGGGGGACACAGAGGCGGUUCCGGAGGGCAGAGCGGCAGCUCUGGCGGCAGGGGUGCUGGCGGCGGGGGGAGCUCUGGAGGCAGCUUGGGUUCCUCCGGAGGCCGGGGAUCCAGCUCUGGGGGCACCAAGACCUCUGGUGGCAGUUCCAGCGUGAAGUUUAUUUCCAGCAGCUAUUCCCGAGGGACCAGAUAAAGAGGCACUCUCUAUACUGUUGGCUCUCCCUCUUCAUCAUUACCAAAUAUGCUCGGCAAGACCAAGGUCAAUUGUCCCAGCCUUAUUGGAUUAAAAAGCUAUGAUUAAUCACUUUAGUUGAUCAUCCCUCCCUGGCUCUGUCCUUUCUGCUCUGCUUCCCAAAGAAAUUUUUAUCAGUGGCAAGCUAGGUCUCUCGCAAUGACCCUGCUUUGUUCUUUGCCUCAGAAACAGUUCAGUCAUCACCACCACACACGUUACAUUUCAAAGCACCUUCUAAAUCAGCCAGAGGCGGGCUGAUUAAGAUCCACUGCUUCGUUGUCAUGCACGGGGCAGACAUGCUCUGGACAGCUCCUUACUAUGCUAUCUCUUGCAGCAAGCUCUGUGCUGCUUUGGUUUUUGUACAUACGGUGUAAGCAAGUUGACUGUCUUUUGAGGAGAGGUCUUAAACUCCCAUUUCCUUGUGUAGCUUCAAUAA